UUCCUUCCACCACCACUCGGCUGCACGUACACCCACUUGUAUAUAAGCCUUACCGCGCACGUCUCGCCCUCUUCCUGCUUCUUCUUCAACGACGAUCCCACCUUCCUCGCCUCUUCCACUCCACAUCGAUCGAGCUCGAUCGCCCAAUCGCCUCUCUCUCGGCUCUAGCUAUAUAUCACUUCCGAACGUCCUUCGUCGGCGCUUGCUGCUGGUGGUGCGAUCAGCGCAGGAUUCUCUGACGACAUGGAGCGGCGCGGCCAUUGCCACGGCGGCAAGCACCCGCACCCGCACCCGCACCCGCCCUCGCUCCCGCCGCCGCGCCGGGCGCGCGGCGGGGAGCGCACUCGGCAGCCGUCCAGCGGCUCCUUCUCGGCGUCGCUCCUGGACGCCAUCUACCGCUCCCUCGACGACGGCGGUGGUACCGACGCCGUCGUCGUUGAUGCCGCGCGUGGGAGUGGUGCGGAGGAGAAUAAGGCGGCCGCGACGGCGCAGUUCUGGUGGGCGAAUAAUAAGGAGAUGGCGGCCAACAAGCCCAGGCAGUCGUCUUCGUCGAGCGCGGACAGGGACAGGGACAGCAGGCGCCGGCGGGCGGAGACGGGCGUCGCGCGCCCUCGCCACUCGGGGUACGCGUCGUCCACCACGUCGUCGUCCGACUCGUCGGCCGCUAGCUACAGCAGCUUCUCCUGCUCGUCGGCGUCGACCACGGAUACUGAGUCGUCCACGUGCCGCCGCCACAGCCCGCCCCUCCCGCCGCGGGUGUCGUCGUCAGAGGAAUCCGUCGCCACGGACGCCGAGGAAGGGGCAACCCCGCCGCCGCCGCCACCCAAGAGCAAACCGAAGAAGAAGUCCAGGCCGUGUUUCCCCGUGGCCAGAAUCCGACCAAAGGCCUCAGUGCCAGCAUCAUCAUCCGGGCCGCAGCCGCCGUCGCCGGCGACGUUCGCGUGCGCGCUCAAGGCUCUGUUCUCCUCGGCGCGCCUCCAAAGGAAGUCCAAGACUCCGGCAGCCACUCCUCAGCCCAAAACCUCGCAUUCGCAGCCGCAGCCGCAGCCGCCGCGCAUGUCGGCAACGACGAGCGCUGCGAAAGCGGCUGACGCGGCGGCGGAACCGUCGGAGCCGAGGACGGUGAGGCUCCGCCCGGAAGCCGAGGCGUCGGUGGUGGUGCGGCGAAGGGUGGAGGAGCUGGUGCGGAGCCUCGAGGAGCUGGAGGAGGACGAGGAGGGGAGCGACGCCAGCUCCGACCUCUUCGAGCUGGAGAGCCUUCGCGGCGCCGGCGCGGACGAGCUGCCCGUGUACGGCACCACCAGCCUCGUGGCCAACCGCGCUAUCGCCCAGGGGCCAGCUCGUUAAUGAGAUCCCAAAAGGCGCCUUCAAAACAUCGUCAACGUUCUCUGCAUUUCUGCAUCUGCAUGUUAAUAAUGCUGCAGUAUUUUGUUGUGAGAAUGAAAUGCUGCAGCAUGGUUUGUACCCUGUCUAUAUUUCAAUUUUGUCCUUCCCAUAAAUCUGUAUUUUUCAUAAAAAAUGUAAAUAAAGUUCUUAAAAAAAUUGU